AUGAAUAUCCGUUACCCGCCGACAGCUGACGUGGAUGUUCUUGAAGAUGUAACAAAUGAAAUCAAACACUACAUUUGCUCGCAGAAUGACACCGCGUCUACUUGCCACUGUCCCGAACAUGACCAAAAUCACGAUCCAUGCGCCGGGCGUGAACCCUGCAGCCGCCAAGAAGAAAGUGACAGUGUACUACUGCAAAAACUGCUUCUGAAGAACGAUCUCAAAUUGAGUAAACCGGAAUUACGUGAUGACUACGUAUACACACCCGACAUUGGUUUGCAUAAACUCCACACGAGAUCGGUAACUUGGAACGCCGCGCGAAUAAUCUGCAAAGAAGAGGGUGGACAUCUGGCUAUUAUUAACUCGAAAGCUGAAGCACGCGUUUUAUCGGAAAUCUUCCAUAAAGCGGGUCCCGUGAAAGGUGCUCCGAACAAUGACGAAGCAUUCAUCGGCAUACACGAUUAUUACUCGGAGGGUGACUGGGUCACUGUUCUCGACGAAUCGCUCGCAAAGACAGGAUUCACCAAAUGGAGCGACAAGUGGGGCGGACAACCGGACAAUGCUGGAACUCAAAAUUGUGGCGCUUUCCUUGCAGAAGGCACGCUCGACGACGUAUCUUGCGAUUCAACUUUCCCGUUCUUCUGCGAAAUACCCAUCGAGAAUGCUGUCUAA